AUGGCUCUUCUGGAGUUGUGGAGCUCACUCCUUAUUCUUGGUACUGUCGCUUUUGCAUGGCAGUAUCUGGAAAUACGGAAGAGUAGGAAUGCCUUACGAAACAUCUCUGGUCCUCCUCCCGCGUCGUUUCUGAAAGGCAUGCUACUGUCUCGAUAUACGGAUCGUAACAUUCCUCAGUAUUUCUCCCGCGACGGUACAGAUUUUCAGCGACACCUGGCAUUUGACUAUGCGCCCGUUGCCAAAAUAUAUGGUAUGUUUGGCCGGCCAAUGUUGUACGUCUCCGACCCUAAGGCAUUGCAUGCAAUCAUGAUCAAGGACGAACCCUCAUUUCCGGAGCCAGAUUCGUUCAUUUAUAUGAAUCGCUUGCUAUUUGGACACGGACUACUUGGGACUUUAGGCGACAAACAUCGCAGGCAGCGCAAGCUCCUCAAUCCGGCAUUCUCUAUCAACCACAUGCGCCAUAUCAUACCCAUCUUCUAUAACGUAGUACACAAACUUCGAGAUGGAAUUAAGAAGCAAGUUGCUGGUGGGGCUGAGGAAAUCGACGUGAUUGAUUGGAUGGGCCGUACUGCACUUGAAUUGAUAGGUCAAGGUGGCCUUGGAUACUCCUUCGAUCCCCUCGUCGAGGACACGUACAACGAGUAUGGUCAUGCUCUUAAAUCAUUGAUUCCGAGCCUAGUCAAACUCCCCAUAAUACGGCUUAUGGCUCCUUAUGUUACGAGAGCAGGGCCCGCUGCCUUGAGACGUUUCCUACUCAACUUCGUACCAGAUGGCGAUAUUCAGAGAGCCAAGUACAUCGUUGACACUAUGGAUUUUCAGUCACGCAAAAUUUUUGAGAAGAAGAAAGCUGCCCUUCUUCAAGGUGAGGAAGCCGUCUUGCAGCAGGUGGGAGAAGGAAAGGAUAUCAUGAGCAUUCUGAUGCGAGCAAAUGCUUCCACAUCCGAGGCUGAUAGACUGCCGGAGGACGAGAUUAUCGCGCAGAUGUCCACCCUCGUUUUUGCUGCGACAGACACGACCUCAAACACGCUGGCCCGCAUCUUACAUAUCCUGGCAGAGCGUCCUGACAUGCAAGAUAAACUGCGUGCAGAGGUACUGCAAGCGCAUGCUGGGGAAUCCUUAUCGUAUGAUGAGCUCGACCAGCUACCCUUGCUUGAUGGCGUGAAUCCUCCCGUUCAGUUCACUUCACGCGUCGCAAAUCGGGAUACGAUUGUCCCGCUGGCUGAGCCCAUCGUAGGAGCCGACGGCAACUUGAUUACGCAGAUUCCGAUGGUCAAGGGAACACAAGUCAUCAUCGGAAUUUUGGGCUGCAACGCGAGUAAAGAACUUUGGGGCGAAGACGCACACGAAUGGAAGCCUGAAAGGUGGCUCUCCCCCCUUCCCGGCAAGGUCACAAAGAACACAAUUCCUGGCGUCUACGCGAACCUCAUGACUUUCAUCGGCGGGAAGAGAGCGUGCAUCGGCUUCAAAUUCUCCGAAAUGGAAAUGAAAGUUGUGUUAUCGGUGUUGCUGGCCAACUUCACCUUCGAAUUGACGGACAAGCCUAUUGUGUGGAAUGCUGCCGGCGUACGCUAUCCCACUGUGGGCAGCGUAAGCAACAAGCCUCAGAUGCCGCUGAAGGUGCGAUUGUAUCAGGGCGCGAAGGCGUGA